UGUUCAGAUUGGACAAAACAUUUGACACGUUCACCUCAGCUUUUCAGAUGUGCCGUCACGUAUGCUAUAUAUAAGAAGUACAUCGGUGUGAGCCGUGAGGACAGAAAACGUUUGCAAGGCGGACAGAGACACAAUGAAGUCUUUUAGGAGCUUGGUAUGUUGCCUCUCUCUUCUGUUGGUGGAUCUCGCCCAGUCCUACGACCUGCACGACCCAUCGUACAUCUUGGGCCAAAGUUACUCACAGAGGAGAAAUAACGGCGUGCCGUACAGGACACUGAACCCUGCAGCGACAGACUCCCAGUGUAGAAGCCGUCCAUUGGACCUGGUCUUCAUCAUCGACAGCUCACGUAGCGUGCGUCCAGGUGAGUUCGAGAAGGUCAAGAUCUUCCUGGCAGACAUGGUGGACACUCUCGAUGUCGGCCCGGAUGCCACGCGGGUUGCGGUGGUGAACUACGCCAGCACGGUGAAAAUCGAGUUCUUGCUGAAGCACCAUCUCUCGAAGGACACCAUAAAGCAAGCCAUCAACCGCAUUGAACCCUUGGCAGCAGGCACCAUGACAGGUAUGGCCAUCAAGAAAGCUAUGGAUGAGGCCUUCACUGAAAAGUCAGGAGCACGGCCUAAAUCCAAGAACAUCUCGAAGGUCGCCAUUAUCGUAACUGAUGGACGUCCACAAGACCAGGUGGAAGAGGUGUCCGCUGCCGCGCGAGCUACUGGGAUUGAAAUUUAUGCGGUUGGAGUGGACCGGGCUGACAUGCGUUCAUUGAAGCUCAUGGCCAGCAACCCCCUGGAGGACCACGUGUUUUACGUGGAGACCUACGGCGUUAUCGAGAAGCUCACCUCGAAGUUUCGGGCGACACUGUGCGGUCUGGACCCCUGUGCUAUGGGACAUGAUUGUGAACACAUUUGUGUCAACAGUGGCUCAUCCUUUAACUGCAAGUGUCGGAGUGGCUUUAUUUUGAACGAGGACCAGAAAACAUGUUCCUUAAAACAGGUAAAGGUGGAGAUAAUUCAGGAUCCCUGCAUGUGUGAAGCUAGACUGGCUUUCCAAAGACAGACACAAACCUCCAUUCAGGACCUCAACGCCAAACUUGCUGCUGUCACAAGAAAGGUUGAGCAAAUGGAGAAUACGCUGGGACGGAUGUAA